AUGUUCUCCUUUGCAAAGACUCUUGCUCUGUGUGCUGUUGUCGUCAAUGGCCUUAUUUUGCACCCUGGCUACGAUCAGGUUGCCACAGAUCAGUACAACUUACUAAAGUUCAUGACUGGUGCUGGUCCAUUUGUUGAGCAUAGCGGGUUUGGUAUCCCCCUGGAAACUCCUCCACACUGUGAAAUUGAACAGGCUCAACUAUUUAUGAGACAUGGGGAAAGAUUUCCGACUGAAAGCGCUGGAAAGCAAUAUAAGACAUUUUACAAGAAACUCAAGGACGCUAACGUCACCAACCACCAAGGACCUCUGGCCUUUGUGGAGAAUCUGGAGUACUUUGUUCCGGACAGUGGUAACUAUGAACUUGAAACGACAAAGGGCCUUUAUUCGGGUCUACUCAAUGCUUUCAAGUUUGGUACCUAUCUUAGAGAAAGAUAUGACUCGCUAGUGAAUACAAGCGAAGUUCUGCCUAUUUUUGCAGCAAGCGAAGACAGGGUUGUUGAAACCGCAAGAUCUUUUGGCCGUGGCUUUUUUGGGCCCGAUUAUGAAAACAGAUGCUCGAUCCAGGUCAUCAACGAGACAGAUACCAGCAAGGGAGCGAACGCUCUGAACACCAAGGACAAUUGUCCGACAUAUAACUCUUCUUAUUACGAUUACUCGUUUGGUGAUGAGAUUUUCCAAAGGGAAGCAGAGAGAUUAAAUGAAUUGUCUCCUGGUUUCAACAUCACCGCCGACGACAUCACCACCAUGGGAACCUACUGCGCUUAUGAAACGAACGUCAAAGGACAUUCGAGCUUCUGUGAUGCCCUUUCGAGAGAGGCAUUUAUUGCCCUUCAAUACAGUAACGAUGUUACCAAGUUCUACCAAUUCGGGCCUGGCUAUAACAUGAGCGCCGUGGCUGGUGGCGUCUAUGCCAAAGCUACCGCCAAGUUGCUGCAAGAAGACGGCAAGCUGUGGUUAUCCUUUUCCCACGACAACGAUUUAUUGAACUAUAUCACUGCUCUUGGACUCAUCACAGAUACCGAGCUGGGAACGGAAGACGUGGAUUUCCACAGAAAUUUCAAAACUUCUGAGCUAGUUCCUCAAGGAGCCAGACUUAUUGUCGAGAAGCUUAACUGUUCUGAUACCCAGUUCGUGAGAAUUAUUCUGAACGACAAAGUGUAUCCUGUUCCAGGAUGCUCCUCAGGGCCUGGCUACACUUGUCCACUAGAUGAUUACCUGGACAUUAUUACUCCAGAGGUUGACUAUGCAUCCGCCUGUGAACUUCCAGACGACGCCCCUAAGGAGAUCAGUUUCUACUGGGACUGGAAGCCAACCUUUGAAGACAACUAG